CGCCUUUUCAGAAAGUACGGUGACCUGUCAGGGGAACUGAUUUCUGUUGAGGUGGCCGUUAGCAAGCUCUGCACGGAAGCCGGUCACGAGAACGAAUUGCAGCUUGGACUGAGCCUUUCGGGCAGUCGAGAUCUGAACAAGAUGGCCGUUUAUGUCUGUGGCAUCCGGCCGGGGAGUCUAAUGGAUCAAGAUGGUUCAAUAUGCGUUGGAGACCAACUACUCGAGGUGAGAUGUUGGUAUCAUUUCUUAUGA